AUGAUUAACACUGGGUAAGGAUCAUUUUAACUCUGAUGUUGGUUGUAGUAAAUUCGCUGGAAAAACGGUGAUCAUUUCUGGUGGAUCACGAGGAAUUGGAAAAGCGAUUGCUCUCAAACUCGCCGCCGAUGGGGCCAAUGUCUCCAUCCUUGCCAAGACCACAACUCCCCACCCAAAACUGCCAGGGACUAUCUAUACUGCUGUCGAGGAGAUUGAGAAGGUACGUUCAUCAUGCUUACGUAGUAUUGGAUGUCUUUAAGGCCGGAGGAAAAGGCCUUCCUUGUGUUUGCGAUAUUCGAAGUGAAGAGAGCGUCCAGAAAGCUGUAGAGGAUACUGUGAGGAAGUUUGGGGGUAUCGAUAUCUGUAUUAACAAUGCUAGCGCCAUUUCUUUGACGGGAACUUUAGAUACACCCAUGAAGAGAUACGAUCUGAUGAAUCAAGUGAAUGCUCGAGGAACUUAUAUGCUGUAAGACAUCUUGGUUAGUAACCAGUCGUUUCCAGUUCUCGUGAGUGCAUUCCCUAUCUGAAACAAGCCAAGAACCCUCAUAUUUUGAACAUGAGUCCUCCGCUUAUCAUGGAUAAGGUCUGGUUCAGCAAUCAUGUUGGUAAGUGUAACCCAUUUAUCUGAAUAUUAUUACAGCUUACACUAUUGCUAAAUACGGAAUGUCGAUGUGUGUUUUGGGAAUGCAUGAGGAAUUCAGACCUGAUGGAAUCGCGGUGAAUGCCCUCUGGCCAAGAACCGCAAUCUGGACUUCGGCGAUGCAAAUGUUGAGUGCAGGAAGUGAUGCCUCGGGCAACAGAAAGGUCGAUAUUGUAUCUGAUGCGGCAUAUGCAUUGUUAUCGAGAAAUUCAAAGGAAUUCACUGGAAAUUUUGUGAUCGAUGAAGAGAUUCUGAAGCAAGAAGGUGUCACCGACUUCGAGAAAUAUGCUUGUGUUCCAGGUAAAUAGAUGCGAUGGUUUUACUGUCUCGCAUAUUCUGAAAAAUUCUAAAACAAGACGAUUUAGGUGCUCCAUUAACUCCUGACUUCUUCAUUGCCGGAGAGGAAGAGUCCUAUAAAGACGAGAGUCGUAGACGGGCAAAGAAACAAAGAAGUCCCGGAAGUCUUCAGCAAGGAAUUUCCAAACUCCAGAAACUCGUGAACCAGGAAACUGUCAAGAAUACCAAUGCCGUUUUCGAAUUUCACAUCAAAAGUAAGAAAGAAACGACUUGGCACUUUCUUGACAAACGAGGUUAUUAUUAUUGUCAUCUUUUAGAUGCCGGAGUGACCGAAAUUAUAUAUCUGGACUUAAAGAAUGGCUCCGGAGCAGUCGGACAGGGUCAAGCUCCACAAAAAGCCGAUAUAAAGUUUGAAGCCGAUGCCGAUGUUCUUCUCGAAUUGUUGGAUGGGUCUCUUAGUCCAAGCAAAGCCUUUACUACUCAAAAGUUGGCAAUACGAGGAAAUGUAACGACCGCUCUGAAGUUGGAAUCCCUCUUACGUAGUCUAAAAUAA